GAGUCAUAGCAGGCCAUAAAUACACUUCACGGAUUUCAGUGCUCUUUAUCUUAUCUUUCGACUCAGGAGGCUAACUACCACAAUGGACACUUCAACAAGCGAAACAACGCCUCUGGUCUCAGCAAAGACGAAAAAGCCUAAAACACCUCUUCCAAAACUCCAGAUAGGCAUACUUAUGACAUUACAACUUGUUGAACCUAUCGCUUCGAUGUCCAUAUUUCCAUACAUCAAUCAGCUUAUCAGAGAACUUGGAAUCACCGGUGGUAACGAUGCAGCUGUAGGAUAUUAUGCAGGAUUAAUCGAAUCUCUGUUUUUCGUCGCACAGACACUGACAGUGCUGAGAUGGAGCCGUUUGUCUGACCGUAUUGGACGCAAGCCAGUGUUGCUAGUGGGGUUAUCAGGGACUUGCAUCUCGAUGCUAUGUUUCGGUCUCUCGACGACUUUCUGGGGCCUUGUCAUUAGCCGCUGCAUGUGCGGUGUACUGAACGGCAAUGUUUCAGUCAUGAAAACUAUGGUGGGCGAAUUGACGGACUCUACGAAUAUGGCUCAGGGAUUUGCCUUGAUUCCAAUCAUGUGGUGCAUCGGAGGCUUUGUGGGUCCUUUAAUUGGUGGGACGCUCGCGCGUCCACAAGAUAACUGGCCCCGAUUAUUCGCUCAUCCAUUUUGGAGCAAAUACCCAUAUUUUCUACCUUGCGCAGUGUCUGCGAGCGGGAUUGUAAUAGGCUUUUUGGUCCUGUUAUUUUUCUUAGAAGAAACAUUAUCAACCAAGCGUCGACCAAAGUUGACAGCGACUACUCUAGGCAUUUCAAAUGGUGCCAACAGUGAUAAUCGAGAAGGCAUUUUACAAACAUCCAACCUGCCCAUGAGAUCUCUGCUCACACCCACCGUUGUCAUUGCAAUUGCAAACUACGCCAUGCUCGCCUUGCUCGACAUCUCUCUCAUGGCUCUUUUACCGCUGUUCUUGUCUACGCCUAUCUAUCUUGGCGGCCUUGGUUUUACUCCUUCUCGUAUUGGCUUGUGCAUGGGGGUGUUUGCAAUCGCGAGUGGUAUCUUCCAGGCACUGUUCUUCGCCAAAAUUGUCGAUUGGGUUGGUCCUAAGCGUCUCUUCUGUGUGUCCGUGUCGUGCUUCACGCCAAUCAUGCUCAUGUUUCCGAUCAUGACGUGGCUUGUAAACACAAGGGAGAUGGUUGAUCGCGCAAUCACAUUUACAUUAAUCAGCCUACUAGUGCUGAUGAUUAUAUGGGAUAUGGUAUAUGGGACUGUAUUCAUGUUUAUCACGGCUUCUGCCCCUGCGAAGAAUACCCUUGGCGCUGUGAAUGGUCUUGGUCAAACCUCGGCAUCCAUGGCUCGUGUUGUUGGGCCUGCAUUUGCAACUUCGCUUUUUGCAUUCUCAAAGGAACACAAUAUUCUCAACGGAAAUGCAGUAUAUGUUGUCUUGAUUGUGCUAGCUGGUGUAUUGAGGUGGCUCGGGUCACAAUUACCAGAUGAAAUACACGAUAGGGAUGAGUGAUUCACAAGGUAACCAGCAGAUAAUGUGUACACAUUGCCGCCCAUAUAGUAGGCUAUACUGUUACAAUAAUAUCAUGUUGGGGGAAGGGGCGAGCCUAAAUGCAACAUGCAUAAGGAUUCCGUGCAGAAUUGCGUGUGCUAGAGUCAAUGCGCGGACUCUUGGGAGUUAGGACACACGGACUGGUGGGACUACGUAGUACAAAAAAGAAGUGACAUGGAAAAUGAAGGGAAUGACACAAACAUGAAAGAGGGAGAACCCGUCUGAAUCAUUUGAUCGACAUUAUACGCUCAGCCGUCAAUCAAAGUAAAAUGU